AUGGUCCUCGACCAGGCUCUCGACUCAGUGGAGCUUAAUGUCGUGCGUCUUCUCAGGUGGCAAUCCUUGAACGUCCUGACCCUCGACCAGGCUCUCGACUCAGUGGAGCUCAAUGUCGUGCGUCUUCUCAGGUGGCAAAUCUCCAACUUCCUGACCCUCUCCUUGAUCCGGAAAGCGUCUGCGCCCCGUUACCACCGCGUGGAUGAAGACCUCCGUGAUGACCAGCCUUUCCUCUACGGUACUAAGAACAACAUCGAUCCUGGGCUCGGCCAUCCUGGCCUUGCAGUACUCUCUCAAACCGAGGAAAUACUCAUUACCCGUAUCCACGUUACCAUUGAAGUUCGCCCAGUCCGAGGCGCCCAGGACAGCAACAGCAGAAGCAGAAGCAGAAGCAGGGACAGGAAAAGAAACAAGAGGACCAGCGAAACCGGGAGCUGGACGGAGAGCAGGACCGAGAGCAUGAGGAGGACGACGACGAUGAAGACAUCCUAUACCGGUGCUAUUGCUGUUCUCAAUUACGUUGCCAAAUACACUACCGAAGCAGAACGGCAAUCAGAGUCGUAUCAACAGAUCGCCACUCAAUUGCUUCCUCAUCUUGCCACCACCAGGCCGUUACUAUCCUUCAUCUCAAAGACCAUGAACCGCGUCCGGGAAGUGUGUCAUCUCCUCCUUGAUCUACCUCUCUAA